GCUAGACUUGUUGAAAGAAGGCUCGAGCAGUAACUGCUUUUAAUAUUUGGACUUUUCUGCGCCGUGUCAAGCGCUGUUCUUCUAUGAACCUUGGACUUGAGAAUUCAUUGCUUGAGGCAGCUGCGCAUUUGUGUGAAUUAGCGGCUCCGAAAAGAAACCAUAUCUGGUCAAAGUAUUCAGCUGUCACAUGCGCUAUAUAUAGUGUGGGAUAAGCGCUGUCUGAAGUGCUGUGGUUGGGCGGCUCAACUGUUCCUGUCUUUUUUCCUUUCUUCUGUCCACUUCUUCUAUUUUAUCUUGUUCACCAUGUUCCGUAAAGAGAUGGACAAGUACCUGGAUGUGGAUGAGGAUGAGCUCUUGCAGAAGCUCAGUGAAGAAGAGCUCAGGAGACUUGAAGAUGAACUUGAAGAGCUUGAUCCUGAUAACGCACUGUUGCCGGCAGGAUUCAGACAGAGGGAUCAGACUAAGAAAGCUCCGACCGGAACGUUCCAGAGAGAUGACCUUCUAUCUCACCUGGAGAAACAGGCCAAAGAACAUCCAGAUCGAGAUGAUCUUGUUCCCUACACUGGCGAGAAAAGAGGAAAAGCGUGGGUUCCUAAGACCAAAGUUGUUGACCCUAUCCUGGAAGAUGUCACUCUGGAGCCUGAACUAGAGGAGGCGCUAUCUAGUGCUACUGAUGCAGAAUUGUGCGAUAUAGCAGCCAUUUUGGGCAUGCACACACUGAUGAGUAAUCAGCAGUAUUACGAAGCAUUGGCCAGCAGUACUAUCGUCAACAAACAGGGCUUGAACAGUGUAAUCCAGUGUACUCAGUAUAAGCCUGUGCCAGACGAACAGCCCAAUGACACAGAUGUAGAGGAAACACUACAGAGAAUCAAGAGAAAUGAUCCAGACCUCGUUGAGGUCAACCUAAACAACAUCAGGAAUAUUCCAAUCCCAACUCUGAAAGCGUAUGCUGAAGCUCUCAAAGGGAACAGUGUUGUGGAACGCCUGAGCAUCGUUGGCACCAGAAGUAACGAUCCUGUGGCCUUUGCACUAGCAGACAUGCUGAAAGUGAACACCACUCUAAAGAGUCUAAACGUUGAGUCAAACUUCAUUACUGGAGCUGGAAUUCUGGCACUCGUGGAAUCCUUAAAGAGCAACACUACACUGCAGGAGCUAAAGAUUGACAACCAGAGCCAGCCUUUGGGUAAUAAGGUUGAGAUGGAGAUAGCUAACAUUUUGGAGAAGAACACUACUCUGCUGAAGUUCGGAUACCACUUCACCCAGCAGGGCCCACGCUUGCGUGGAUCUAAUGCCAUGAUGAACAACAAUGACCUGGCACGUGUAGUUCGGUCGGACUCAGAUGGCGCGAUCACAUUCACUCUGUCAGUCCCUGAGCUGGAAAGAGCCUUCUGUAAAAAGUUCAAGUUCACAUCAAAACCCAAUAAGAAAGAGAAGGCUUGAAGGAGGACCCAUCUUUCCUAAAUGUCGGACAAAUGUGUAGCAGCCUCGGGAACCCUCUAUGGCCUGGGACCUGCAUCACACCCCAUCUCAUCCCAAAUCCUCCGUUCAUUUCUGUCCCUUUCACAGAUAAAUCACAGGAUCAUCUAAAAAAAAAAAAACAUUCAAUUCAGAAUGCUUUUUUUUAAAGCCCCAGAUCUGGAAACCCAAAGGUACCACCCUCUGUUUACCAGACACAUAGUUACUCAUGGUGAGUGUUUUAAAAAUGUGUAAACUACCUGCCAUAACAUUAGCAGGGGAAAAUCACCUACUUGUGUUGAUGGAAGCAGUAAAGAUGAAAAUGACACUCUCACAAUGUUGACCUAAUAUUCUUGCUGUAAACAGUUUGACCUUAAAACCAGCCAUUUCACUGUGUUUGGAUGCACACCAAGAGCAUCAUACUUCAAACUUGACUGAUUGUAGGUGUGGUUUUGUCUUCUCCUGGCCAGUUUGAGUCUCACUGUAGUAGUAGUUCUCGCACACAUCGCAUAGAAGCAUGUUCUUACUGUGUGCUUUUUGGGAUAUACUGUAAUUUUGACCUGCUCUUCUCUCUUGAAAUGUUUAACAACAGGUAAAUUUGUAGCUAUGCAGAUUCAUUGCUGGCAAGUCGCUGUACUGUGGUUUCUAGUACUUUGCUAUGCGGCAAACACCAAUGAAAGUGCAUUGUUGGUGCAUAUUUGCAUAAACUCGCAUCACCAAGUCAUCAACAGCUCAUGUCGCAGAAAUCACUAACUCGCAUUUAAAAAUAAAUAUGAAUUUCCAGUCGCUGCAAAUCACUGUCAGUGUGAACAUAUCUUUAUUGGUCACCUGAUAACAGUACAAAAUCUAAGCUCUAUGUAUUUGCACUGCUCCAGUAUAUUUAUGAAAGUAUUUAUGUAGUUUAUAUCCUUGGUUUGAUGAGGGGAAAACCUCUUUGUCAUGUUUAGGACAAGCUGUGUUUCAAUUUCCACAAUUAGCAAUAAUAUCUCUCUUAUUAUACUAACGGUCUCUCUAUGUUAUCCACUUAUCAUAAAAUGAAUGUGACUGAUGUGUAUACAGUGUUCUUCCUCAUUUAAUGCUUUUUUUAUGUUUGAGUGAGGAUCAAAACACAAUUGAAAACCUAUCAUAAAACUAUAUGUAUUAUUGCCUAUGACUGCUCUCAUUAAGUAACGUCCAGGUUAAAUCCCUAAACAAAGAUAUUAUAUUUUGCAUGAAGAAAAUUAUUUUAGGAUCGAACUACCAUACAAGAUUUUUUGCAUUGUGACAUUACUUUCAUGGCAUUUAAGCAUGAUUUCCCCUGAAUUCUCAUUACAGCAAUUAAAAAAGUACAUUAAUUAAAUUCAGUAUAA